AAAUCAGCCGUCAUUAUUAAGUAUUUGUAUAUUUUGUCGGCUAUUUUAUAUGAUUAAUCAUAAAAAUGGCCAAAUUAGUCGAUAUAUACAAUAGCGAAAAAGAUCCUGUAAUCAAAAGAAGGCAGUUGCCGUUAACUAUAUAUGAAAAUCUCACUAUGAUAAUGGAUUUAAACACAAUGGGCUUGAUAUGUGACAAUCCACAAGUUAAGGGACGCGAAUACGAAGAAUUCAUGCGAAAAUAUAGAAUUUUAUCGAUAGAAGAACUAAAAGCUGCACUGAGGGUCGACGCGUCAGAUAUAUUUAAUGUAUUAAACCAAAGCAUUCCUUGUGUUGGCUGUCGAAGAAGGUAUUGUAUAUAGAUUAAGUAACAUGAGGGUUUGAACAAAUACUAUUUUAUAUCAUAAGCAACAACAAUAUUUUCAAACAUGGAUUUAAAAUAGUUAGAAGCACUAAUAAAAUAACACUAUUAACUAGUAAGAUAGUUUCUCCUUUGCGUUAAAAGAUGAAUUGAAUUUUUUAGAUUUCUGUUUAAUUUUUUUUAACAAAUAGUGAUGAAGGACUAGAUUAACACCUUCAAUAUUAUAAUGCGGAGGGAGGGAAGGAGGCAAACUCCCCUGCUGUUGUCCCUCCUUGAAAAUACGUAUUUUUUUAAUAAUAUUUUUUCAAUUUCCUAGUUGAGUCACAGUUUGAAGUAUUUUAGUCAGGGUUGGCUGAUUUAAAUCAGACUGAUUUAAAUCAUGAUUUAAAUCACGAUUUAAAUCGCUUGAUUUUGAUUAAAAAAAUCAUGGAUUUAAAUCAAAAUCUGUAAAUUAAUGUAAUAGGCAGAAAAUGAAAUAAAACUGGCUUAAAAUAUGGUAAAAUCUUGUUGUUUUAUGUUAUUCUUAUUAUUCUACUACAAUAGUCUAAUAAACUUUGUAAAAUCAACAACGACGUAGCGAUGAGGUCUGUCAGUCUCAUCAUCAUCAUCAUCAUCAUUACAGCCCUUCACAAGUCCACUGCUGAACAUAGGCCUCCCCCAAAGAAUGCCACAAAACACGGUCCUGAGCCACCUGCAUCCAUCGACUUCCUGCAUGUCUUACCAGGUCGUCACUCCAUCUCGUGGGGGGACGCCCUACACUUCGCCUACCGGUACGAGGCUGCCACUCGAGAACCUUUCUUCCCCAUCGGUUGUCGGUUCUUCGAGCUAUAUGGCCGGCCCACUGCCACUUCAGCUUACUAAUCCGUUGGGCUAUGUCGGUCACUCUGGUUCUACUGCGGAUAUCCUCAUUCCUAAGUUUAUCACGCAGAGAAACUCCGAGCAUAGCGCUCUCCAUAGCUCGCUGAGCGACCUUGAGCUUCCUCAUACGGCCAGCAGUGAAGGACCACGUCUCAGUUCCGUAAGUCAUCACUGGCAACACGCACUGGUUGUACAAUUUCGUUUUAAGGUUUUGAGGUAUGUCUGACGAGAAGAUGUGUCAUAGCUUCCCGAACGCUGCCCAGCCGAGUUGAAUCCGUCGAUUGACCUCUCGGUCGAAGUUGGACUUACCCAGUCGGACUAUUUGUCCCAGGUAAACAUACUCGUCAACAACUUCGAGCUUAGUGUUCCCAACAACUACCGGCAUAGGUGUGACAUGGACAUUAAACAUGAUCUUAGUUUUGUCCAUGUUCAUCUUAAGACCUAUCCGUUGGGAAACACUAUUGAGGUCAUUGAGCAUAGUGCUUAGGUCCUCCAGCGAUUCUGCCAUAAGGACUAUAUCGUCGGCAAAUCGAAGGUGAGUGAUGUACUCGCCAUUGAUGUUGAUACCGUAUCCUUUCCAGUCCAGAAGCUUGAAAACGUCUUCCAAUGCAGCGGUGAAGAGUUUCGGGGAUAUGACGUCACCCUGUCUUACACCUCUCUGCAAUUGGAUAGGUUUCGUACUCUGGUUCUGUACUCGGAUAGCCAUCGUAGCCCUACUGUACAAGCACUUCAACACUUCGAUAUACCGACAGUCAACUUGGCACCGCUGAAGGGACUGCAGCACCGCCCAAAUUUCGACGGAAUCAAAGGCUUUCUCAUAGUCCACAUACGCCAGACAUAGUGGCAAAUUGUACUCUUCAGACUUCUGUACAACUUGCCGAAGGGUAUGUAUGUGGUCUAUGGUGCUAAAGCCCUUUCGGAAACCGGCUUGUUCGGGAGGCUGGAAGUCGUCAAGUCUGCGCGCGAGACGAUUCGUAAUGACUCUUGAAAACAGCACGUAGACGCGGCUCAGAAGGGAAAUCGGUCUGUAGUUCUUCAAGAGAGCGUUGUCACCUUUCUUGAAGAACAAGACCACCGCACUUCUGCUCCACGCCUCCGGUGUAAUGCCACCAUGGAGGACGGAAUUCAGUCUCAUAAACUUACUAAAAUCAUUUUUUUUAGAAAUUCACCCUUAAUAUAUGAACUGUAAUUAAUACAGUAUUAAUUAUUUUACUCUUAAUCAGUCUCAUACAUAUCUAUACAAAUAAAUAAAAUUGAAGUGUCUGUUUGUAAUGUCAAAAUUACGGCUUUUAACUAAAUGCAUAUGAAAGUAUAUAUACGAUACGUAUAACAAAAACACAAUUUUUAAAAUUUUUGUCUGUCUGUCUGUCUGUCUGUUUAUUCCGGCUAAUCUCUGAAACGGCUGAAUCAAUUUGGACGGGACUUUCACUGACAGAUAGCUGAUGUCAUAAGGAGUAACUUAGGCUACUUUUAUUUUAUAAAAAUAAUUAGGGUUCCGCGCAAAAAAACUAAAACCCCAAAUAACAUGCGGGCGAAGUCGCGAGGAACAGCUAGUGUAUUCAUAAACUUAUAAUCCUACUAUGUCAAAAAUUGUUACCAACUCGUGAAAUUCCAAAUAUACAAAAAAAAAUCAAAAAAUUCAAAAAAAUCAAAAACAUCAUGAUAUUUUUAAAAAAAUCAGCAUGUUUUGAUUAAAAUUAAAAAAAUCAUGAUUUUUUCCAUCCCUGAUUUUAGUAGAAUUUUAUUUUAAAAUAGAAAGGUGAGAGGGUAAGAUGCAGCUAUUGCCGUAACCCUCCCUCUAAAAUGCAUAGUUUUAUUGGAAUUCCCAUCAAAACUAGUUUUGAGCAAAUCUGCAGUCAAAAGCACUUUGUUACCAGCCAAACCCAAUUUUAGGACAAAUUACUUUUUCCUAGGCUAAGGAGGCGUUCAAGUAUUACGUAACGCAAUUUUUGAAGAUUUUAGACCCUCCCUUCCCCCCAUGUAACGCAUCGUAACGUUUUUCUGUACCCUCUCUCCCCCUCCCUAAAUGUUAAGUAACACCCAAAGGAUGAUUUUUAUCUAAAAGUACCGAAAAGUACAUCUAAAAAGUCUAUCAACAUCUAUCUGAAGUGUCUGUUUGUAAUGUCAAAAUAACAGCUUCUUACUAAAUAUAUAUGAAAGUAUAUAUGGUACGUAAAACAAAAACACAAUUGUUAAUAUAUUUAUCUGUCUGUCUGUCUGUUUGUUACGGCUAAUCUCCAAAACGGCUGGACCUAUUUUGACGGGACUUUCACUGGCAGAUAGCUGAUGUUAUAAGGAGUAACUUAGGCUACUUAUAUUUUAGAAAAGAAUUAGGGUUCAGUGCAACGUAAUUAAAACCCUAAAUUACACGCAGAAGAAGUGGGGAACAACUAGUAAUAAAUAAAACAGGAGAUUUCUAUCUCGUAAUACAUGCAUAGGCACAUUGUUUAUUUUAUUUGUUCAUAUUGUUAUUUAAUAAAAAAAUUACAUAAUGUAAUAAACAUAUGCUUAAGUUUUAAAUAUGUUAAAAUGGGCUCAAAUUUGUCUUAAUAAACAUUUACUACUAAUCUUACAUUUAAUUACGCCGUUUUCCUGACUUGGCCCUGUCCUUACAUACAUUUUUGGCUUUCUCCACGAUUGUUCUUCUCUAUCUUCUUAUCCUUCUAUUUUUUGGCACAGUUGCGCUGGCAAGUCAGCAUGAGAGCCUUUAUAGACCAAGAAUAGCUGAUGAUGCAUAUGUCCUUUUGAGGACAUUACAGUAUGAAAUCUUUUUAACAAUACUGACUACAAUAAUGUGCUUUUGCAUAAACACUAAUGAAUACUCACAAUCAC